AUGGGAAGUAGGAAGUGGUACGACCGAGCCAAGAAAUCAAACUGGUGCAGAGGCCCCAGGCGGAAGUAUUGUCAGACUUGUGGAGGCGUGCCAUGGCCGAAGUACGACUCGCCUGUUAAUGAUCCUUUAGAGUGGCCCUCUUAUGACGACUUCUGCAUCUGCGGAGUGCUGGACGCAUGUGUCGUGGGUGACGUGCUCUGCUCGGGUGUGGGUGUAACUGAAAUGAGCCGUGAUCGCCCAUGGGGAAGCACGUGUUGCGUUACUGGGAAUGUUUCGAGCACUGCUGAUACAGCAAGCUGCAGUGUUGGCCUAGAUGCAAUUCAAAACCCUCUGCUUUUUCAGUGCGACGGUGACAUGGAAGCAGAUGUGGUGCAGAGGCCGGCAGGAGCCAAGGUCCUGCCAGCUAGCAACAACUUGGAGUCGUUGGCAUGUGGUGAAGAAGGGCCAGCUCUCCAGGAUCAAUGUGCGAUUUGUGAUGCUCCGCUGAGCCACGGACGUGGCAGGCAACUGUAUACGCAGAUGCAUGAUGACAUAUGUAUGACUAGGGCUUGGAUUGGAACUUGGGAGUUGCUUGACCAGAAUCCGAAGAGCGGUGGGAUUGACACGCCCAGUGAGUUGCAUGCACGCGGAGUGUCUUGUAUGCAUCAUUGCGUUAGACCGACAUCUGAGUGGCACUUUGGUGGGCUCGAAUCCUUUGCCUACCAAGUCUCUCGGGAGCCUGUUAUGCGGAACCGGAUGCUUCGGUUCAUCCGGAAGUGUCUGGUGAAGAAGAGCCCUUGGAUGUCCACAACGGUCACUCUCAGACAGGACGAUUACAAGGCCUUUUACGUGCACACCGGCAAGUUCCUCGAGCAAGAGGCCCACAAGGACGUUACCAUGCGCAGUAAGAUGAUUGAGAUCCAUUCCCGCCACGUCUCGAAGUGCAUGCGGACCGACCGUGACUGGGCUGACGACUUCAUCUUCGACCCUGGCGGCAAUGGGGAAUCGAGGGUCAGCCUUCCAUUGGCUCUCACGAGCUUGGAGUAUGGCUGGCUUGCCUAG